UAUGGUUUUUUUUUUUUCUUUUCAGUCCAAAAAGUGUGAACUUUAUCUAUCAAUCGAUUUGAAAAUUGCACGUUCAUCUCGCUUUUCGUUCAUUUCCGCCACGCCAACAUAGCCACAAUAAAUAAGAAGAAGCAGGCGAAGCAGCUAGAAGCGCUCGCUUCUAGCCCUUGAAUUCUGAUUCACGAAUGAAUUGGGAAAGCCAACACAAAGAUUCUAUUCUGACUUCGUAGAGCCGGUGCUGCUGUUGCCUGCUCUAACCUUUCUACAUUCCGUGUCAGAAAUCGUGCAUUAGGUACUUCAUAGUCAUGGAUUCAAGUAUUGCAACUCAGAAUGAUGAAACAUCAAAAAAGUUUCAUACUGAGCAAACUCUGGUUGAUGUUGAAGACAUAAUUAGCAAGUUACAUGAAAGCACUCUUGGUCACAUCCUGUGUUUCCUUCCAACUAUAGAGGCAGUACGCACUUGUGUAUUAUCAAGAAGGUGGAUUGAAGUUUGGAAAUCCAUCACCAGUUUACAGUUUAAUGAUAGUUUCCUUUGUUCUGGGAAGAAGAUGCAACAAGAACAAUUUGUGCAUUUUGUGAACAGAGUGCUUCUUCACCUUGUUGAUUCAAGCAUACAAAGUUUCUCUCUUUGUUUAACAUGUUAUCAUUAUGAUGUCUCACAGGUUAGUGCAUGGAUUUCUACUAUCUUGGAAAAGGGUGUCCAUAAGCUUCGUAUUCAGUAUGCUGAUAAAGUCGUCCUUUCUUCCCAUUCCCUCUUUAACUGCAGUUCUCUAGUACAAUUGGUGCUUCAAAUGAGAUGCACUCUUAGUGUUCCCAUCUUUGCUUCUCUCCCAAAUCUUCAAAACCUUAGCAUUUCUGGGAUUAAGUUAGUGAGUGAAUCCUCCACUUAUUCAGAAGAUACAAUUCUUAGCUUCCCAGUUCUCAAAGUGUUUGAAGCUAGAGGAUGUGAGUGGUCAACUAUGCAGGAUAUUAGUAUACAGGCACCUCUACUUGAAACAUUUUCCAUAGCAAUAUGGAACUCCCAGUCAAAUGAAUCAUGUAAAUCUUCCAUCAAGAUUUUUGGUCCUCAUCUAACUGAUUUCUCUUAUGAGGGUGAUCUUGAACAAGAUAUCAUUCUAUUAAACCCAUCAUCAAUUAGAAGUGCUUCUGUUGUGAUUGUUAUUGAUGAAGACAAAAAGAACAGAAUGGAAAAACUUGGAUUUCAAGCACAUAUGCUUCUCAAACAGAUCCAUGAAGUGGAACGAUUGAAUUUAUUGUGUUACAAGGUUAUAAUGCAUGCUAAAGAUAUUUUCACCCAUCUACCUGCUUUUGGAAGGUUGUCUCAUCUGCAACUAAACGAGGCUACUGGUGAAGCUCUGUUGAAGUUACUCCACAAUUCCCCAAAUCUUAAUACUCUUGUUUUACUUAAUGGAGUAUGUGACUUAAAUAAAGAUAUCUUGACUUCUGCAUCAGUGCCUCAUUGCUUUAUGUCAAGCCUCAAAGUUUUUCAGUUUAAAGGAUUUAAUGUGCAUGACCAUGAGCUUUGUCUGGUAAAAUUCGUGAUGACAAAUGCAGCAAUCUUGGAGAGGAUUACUAUAUCUACAGCUUUUUGGCUGCGUUAUUCAGAUAUUGACUUGGAGAAAGUUAAGGAGCAGAUACUCUCUUUUCCAAAGUGUUCCAGCGUUGCCUUGAUAGAAUUUUCUGAUGUCAAAGGUUCCUGAAGAUUUCAGAACACGUAUAGAGUACUUGUGCUGCAACUGUUAAAUGUAUUUACUUUGUGUCUCUCAUUUUCUUUAUUGCAUCAUGGGCUGGCAAUGUAAAAAAAAAAAAAUAUAUAUAUAUAUAUAGUGUGAGAUUUGAUAUGUGAGAGACCAAGGUAUGUUCAAAGAACUAUCGGAU